AUGUAGAAUGUUUAGUCAAAUAUAAACACAAUGAAUAUAAUCAUCAUCUUAUGUUGGAACUUGUGAAAGCUGUGAAUAAUAUAGAACAGAAGUAUAAUAUAACGUAUCCGAAAUCACUCAAAUGGAAAGAAUGUUUCGUUAAUGAAAGUAUUGCUUACAAAAAUAUGACAUUGAUAUAUAAUCGGCAAACAUGUGAUAAAUUGAAACAGCCCAAUGAACCAGAUACUUAUGUAUUAUCUUACUGGAUGCAAAUGCGACGUAUAAACAUCAUUAAUUUCAAUCGUAAUUUUC